UUUGGCUUUAGUUUGGCAAUCCUAACCUCCAUGGGCCCACGGGUAUAGCAUGGCAAAGAAGCGCAAGGCAGCAUCCCAAGCAACCCCAGAGGACCCUGAUGAGCUGGAGUUUGAAGAUGAUGGCGAUUGCCAAGAAGAAGCUGAAGAUGAGGAAGAGGUUAUUGAUGCAGAAGAGGAGGACCACAAUGAAGGGGAAGAGGAAGAAGGUCCAAAGAUGAUUUGGAGGCCUGGCAUUGAUAGUCUGGAAGAUGGCGAGCAGCUGGAUGUGGAGCCAGGGACCUAUGACAUGCUACACCGAGCGCAAGUUGAGUGGCCUUGCCUCUCUGUCGAUGUGAUUCGAGACGACCUGGGGGCCUCCCGCUCCUCCUUCCCCAUGACGGCUUACGUGGUCGCUGGCUCUCAAGCCACGCGCGCAGAGGACAAUCGGCUUUACGUCAUGAAGUGGCACAAGCUCUACAAGACAGCAAAAGAUGGCAGAGAGGAUGAAGAGGAUGAAGAGAGCGACAAUGAGGAGAGUGAGGAUGAGCAUGAGGCUGCGUUGGAGUCAAAGGCUAGUCCACACCCCGGUGGUGUCAACAGAGUUCGUGCCAUGCCACAAGCUGGCCACAUUGUAGCAACCUGGGCCGACACGGGCAAGCUGCACAUGUGGAACCUGGAUGCUCAUCGAAAGGCUUUGGACAAAGGCGACAAGGCACCACAUUCCGUGAAGCCAAUCUUCACCAGCGAAUUCCAUAAAGAUGAGGGAUUUGCCAUGGACUUCAGCCCCAAUGAGGCUGGGCGUUUUCUCUCUGGGAGCAAUGACUCCCAGAUUCACCUUUGGGCCCCGGUGCCCGGAGGUUGGACCGUUGAAGCGGAGCAGCCUUUUAAAGGCCACAAGUCAUCAGUGGAAGAUGUGCAGUGGAAAAAGCUGGGCAACAGUGCGCAGUCUACUUUUGCAUCUUGCAGUGCUGAUGGAAGCUUGAAAGUUUGGGAUAUCCGAGAGAAGGAUCGGAAGAAAGCCUCGAUCAACAUGCCGGAUGCUCACGGAGGUUCAGAUGUGAACGUUCUGAGCUGGAGUCCAAUUGUCGGUGAGCUCAUCGUCACAGGUGCUGAUGAUGGAGGAUUUAAAAUCUGGGACACCAGGCACGUAGCUGCAGGGCCGAUGGCCAACUUCCUUUGGCAUCGACAACCGGUCACCUCGGUGGACUGGCAUCCCAGUGAUGAAACGGUCUUGGCGGUGGCUUCAGCUGAUGAUUCCGUCUCAUUGUGGGACAUGGCUGUUGAGGAUGAUGCGCCCGGUCGCGAAGUGCCACCUGGGGCUGACCACUUUCCACCGCAGCUGCUCUUCUUACAUCAGGGACAGAAAGAGCCCAAGGAGCUGCGGUGGCAUCCUCAACUCUCCAGUGUGUGCAUCGUGACAGCUGCAAGUGGCUUUAAUAUUUUCAAGACUUGCAACAUUUAGAUGUUUGGAUCCUGCGCUGAGUUGGGCCGUGAACUAAUCUUGCAUCAAGUGUGUGCAUAGAAAAGCAAUCAAAUGGUUGGGAAGGC